AUGGAAACGAAUCAGCGCGCGAAGAGUCCUCCUCGAACGAUUCUGCCCUUCUUUAAACCUUCCCCGCAGCCAGGCAGGGACGACGCGAGUGGAAUUUCCACCAAAGCCGCGAUGGCGGCUGCCGCCGAGGUGAAUUUCAUCCGCGAAAUUGCCGGUGAAGAGGCCGCGGCGUGGUAUCAGGCCGGGGUGCACAAAACCAUCGGCCGAGGCCGUAUUUUACGGCCAGAAUUAUGGUCGGAAUGGGCCUUUCGGGAUACUUUUUACGGGCGUCAUAUCACCCCCAAAGGAGAGGCUCAGCCGGGUUGUGAGCGCCGGAAGGAUUGUGGCCGCGCGAUGAUUGCUUCUUCUGUAGUGUUUGAUCACUUUAACUUCCCCCGAACACCUGAUGAGGUGCGGUUGGGUAAACGCCUACAAAUAUGGUUAUAA